AUGGGAAUCAUGGAUCAAAUGAACAAGGAAUGUUGUUCAUAUGAUGAAAUGGGUGUGAUCAAGAAAUGUUGUGCUGAUUGCAAAACCACAAAGACCCCACUUUGGAGAGGAGGACCAAAUGGACCCAAAACGUUGUGCAACGCUUGUGGAAUUAGGUACAGAAAGAGAAGAGGUUGCUGUAAGAAAGGACAAGAAAAGGAAAGGAAGAGAGAGAAAUCAGAAGAUGAUUGGAGUGAGUUUUUGAGAAUGAAGUUAGUGGCUUUAGGUGAAGAGGUUUUCUUGCAUUCUGUUUUGAAGAAAGAAAAGAGGAUUAAGUUAGGUGAAGAGGAAGAAGCUGCUGUGUGUUUAAUGGCACUCUCUUGUGGCUUUGUUUUUGCUUGA